UAUAAGUUUAGCAAUUAAAAACUGAAUGUAAAUAUUAGGGAUGCACAAUAGUUACAGCACAUCAUAGGUAUCGGCUGAUAUCAGCUUUAAUCAGAACCAGCCAACAUGCUUUUGCUUAUUUACACAAUGAAAGAAAAGUAUUUCAUGUCUCCAUCUGCUGCUGGGCCGUCAUGAUGAGAGGAUGUAUGUGUAUGUAUAUAUGAGACUUGAUGAUCACUAAAAUUAGGUGCGAAAAUAGUUAUAUAUCAGUAUCAGUUAUCGGUCAAAUGAGUCGUUACAUAUCAGCAUAUCGGAUAUCGGCAAAAAAAAUCCAAUAUUGUGCAUCCCUGGUAAUUAUGAUAGUUUUCAGGCUUUAUAGCUGAUGACUUGUUUUACUUUUUUUUUUUUUACUGUGAUAAUUUUAAUUUUCUUCAGUUCUUAUGUCAUUACUAACUAACUGUUCAUUCAGUCACAUAAAUCAGCUGCUGCACCUUUUUGUUUCCACACUCACUGACCUGUUUCAGAUGGUUCCCUUCACGCUGUCCUUCAAACUGCUACUGAGUUGUUUAAAUCAGUUUGAUGAGUCAUUAAUCUGGCAUCAACUUUUAUUACAGUCAUCAUAUUGUAAUCAGAUAAACCAGCAGUGAAGCAAUGUGGUUUGAACAUAACAGGAUUAUAGAGAGGUUUAGCUUUUGUUUUUUAAUAUAAAGUGUGAGUGUGUUCAGUGUGACAGUCGUAUUUACUAAAGAAAGAACUCUUUGAAAACGUUUAUAUCAUAUUCAGUUAUGAAAAAAUAUGUUUUUUCUCAGACAAACACUCAAAUCCUUCCAGAUUUGAAAUGGACGUUUGACAAACAAAUAAAAAUCUCAACUCAAGGUCAUCUUAGUUUUGUCAGAGGUUCCUUUUACUGCUGUCUCCAUGACGACUGGCAUGUGCUGAUGAAGACCUUGAGAUGUGGUUGAAAGAACUUGAAACAGUGAGAUGACCUUGAGUUCAGUUUGUUUUUUUUAGUUUGACUUGUUGGUUUAUUAAUAUUUAAUUUUUCAUCCAAAUACAUUUCACAAUAAUUUUAAAUUAUGUGAAAACUGCAAAGUUAUUCUGACUACACACAGAAUAAAAAACAAAAUAUUUUAUAAUCAUUAUAAACACAAUAAAAAGGAAUCCCUUAUCAGUUUACUGUGAUAUGAUUAAAAAGAACUUUUAUUUGGUCCAACACUGUGUCAGUUGUUUCUUCCCCUGCCACGUGAUAUAAUUAUAUGAAUACACAUUAUAAAUAUCUGGACUGAGCCAGACAUGCGAGCAGCUAUCAGCAGGUCCACAGAUUACUGAUGCUGAUCGAUAAGAGUCACUUUGAGCUCUGCUUCCAGUCGAAGGUCUCGUCCUUCGCAACAGCUCAGCAGAUCUCUAUCAGAGUUACACAUUAAACUGGGAGGGAGCUGCAGGUGUGUCGACAGACAGGUGAAGCCUCACGCUCAGUUCAGUGUGAAGAUGAAGAUGAGGCUGGAGCUCCUUCUGGUUGUCACAGCAGUGAUCUGCGCUGCCGGCAAACCUCUGAGCAAGGCAGCGCAGAGAAACAAGCUGCUGCUCAUCUCCUUCGAUGGCUUCAGGUGGGACUACGACCAGGACGUGGACACGCCGCACCUGGACCAGCUGGUGGAGGACGGGGUCAAGGCCAAAUACAUCACCCCGCCAAUGCUGACCAUGACCUCCCCGUCCCACUUCACCACCAUCACCGGCAGGUGGGUGGAGGAUCAUGAAGUCGUCCACAACAUGAUGUUCAACACGACAACGAACCAAAAAGUUCCUCACAAAAAGACCAUGAAAACAUCGGAGUGGUGGGAUAACGGAGUGCUGCCGUUAUGGAUCACAGCUCAGAACCAGGGUCUGAAAACUGCCUCCUUCUACUACCCCGGGGGCGGGGUAAGCUACCGCGGCCAGGCAGUAAACCGAGCGCUGGUGGAGGAGUCUGGUCAACCAGACGACAAUGAGACCGAGUGGCGUGACAACAUUGACAAGGUGAUGAGCUGGUUCUCUGAGGAGGACUUCGACCUGGUGACGCUGUACUACGGUGAGCCGGACAACGUGGGCCACGCCAAGGGGCCGGACCACCCAGACAGGAAGAAGAUCAUCCAGCAGAUCGACCGUACCAUCGGCUACCUGAGGGAGGCCAUCAGUCGCCAUCACCUCAACGACAGCCUGAACGUCAUCAUCACCUCCGACCAUGGCAUGACCACCGUCAAAAAGCGGCCACAGGUGGAUGAGAUCAUCCUCAACAAGUACCUGAAUUUAAUCAAGCUCGCUAGCUUUGAGAUCUUGGACUACGGUGGGUUCGGCAUCCUGACGCCGCGUCCAGGGAAGGAGCAGGAGGUGUUUGACGCCCUGUCCAAAGCGCCCAAUCUGACGGUCUACAAGAAAAAUGAGAUGCCUGAGAGCUUCCAUCUCGCCAAAAGUAAACGGCUGCCUCCCAUCGUGGUCGUCGCAGAUCUGGGAUUCAACCUGAACUCUAGAUUCAUCGUCUACGUCAACAAAGGUGACCACGGCUUCCACAGCGGGGAGAUGGACAUGAAGAUGAUCUUCAGGGCCUUUGGACCCGACUUCAAGAAGAACUUCCUGUCUGAGCCGUUUGACAGCAUCCACAUCUACCCUUUGAUGUGUAAAGUGCUGCAGAUCCAACCGGCGCCACACAACGGGUCUGUGACUGUGACAGAGAAGAUGCUGCUGCACAGCGGUGAGUCUGACGAGGUCAAAAUCACAGGUCAUUUCCUUUUUUGUUUGUUUUUAACUUUUUUUUUUUUUUUUUUUUAACUAAUGAUCUUUUUACUAAUCUCUUGCUAUUUCUUCUUUCGCUGCUCGAUGCUUUCUUCCCAUGUGCUUGAAAGAAACCAAGCUAAUUUGCUCAGGUUUCCAAGGGUUAAGGAGAGAGUUUGGGGAACACUCUUCUCGCGCUACAUUUCACAGGGAAACACUGGACUUCUAAUUCCACUAAAAUCACUGAUGUUCAACAGCUCUGACAUCUUGUCACCGGCAUAUUGUUAAAAACAAAUCAUCUAAUGAGCAGCAGGAACUUUAUAGAAUGAAAUAAAUUAAUUCUCUGAUAUGUAAUGUGGCUGUAAAACCUGUGGUGUUUGUUUAAAGGAAGUUAUGUUUAAAUUUGAUAGGAAGCAGGCAGCAGAGAUCACAGCUGUAGAGAUUGUAUCAGGAGAAACUUCAUGGAUGUCAUGGAAAACUUUGUAAAACUUAAUGGGAGCUACAGUUUGUUUUUGUGUGCCAACAAAUAAUUCUGGAUCCCUCACAGUUUACCUGUCAGGUAAGGAGGGGGGUGGAGGACGCUCCAGCUGCUCUGAUGAAUACAGAGACAUUUGGAGGGAAAUAUGAAUCAUGCACGUUUGUUUUUAAUUGAUUUCCCUUCUGCUUAUAAUCAUGUCCAGCCUCAUGUUUCAGCUCACAGAGUUUUAUCUAAUUAUAAUUUGGAUUUUAGUUCACUGACUUUUUCACAAACAGGUCUCAGAGGGUCCAGGUUAAUGGGACACUGUCCAGUACCUGUUUGUCCCCUACUGGAGCCCCUCAGGGAUGUGUUCUUGCUCCUCUUUUAUUCUGUUUAUACACAAAUGAAUGUCGGACUAAUCACACAUUGAGAUUUGUCCUUAAGUACACAAAUGACUCUACUCUUGUACGUCGUCUUCAUGGAUCAGAAUAUGAUCAUGACCAGUACUGGAUGAAUUUGUUAACUGGUCUGACCAGUCUUUCCUCCACAGUGAGAUGUUUAUUGAUUUUCGGAGGAGGCCCUGCCUUCCUGCUCCCUGUGUGAUGAAGGGGAGCCGGUGUAGCAGUACAAGUAUCUGGGCACUGUUUUAGAUGACAAGUUGAAUUUUGACGUGACAACAUCUGUUAGAAGGCAAACCAACACCUGUUCUGUUUCAGGAAGCUGCUAAGUUUCGAUGUAGAAAGGACAAUCAUGAGUCCGUUCUUUCUUUAACGCAGUCUGUUCGUUUGGUAAUCUGAGCCAAGUUGUGCUGCAAGAUCAGUGGUGUUACUUUUACUAACCUCCAGCAUCUGUAUGAAGAGACGGUCACCUCUAAAGCUUGGUCGAUUGUCUCAGAGCCUUAACAUCCCCUCCAUGUUUCAGAUGUUUCCAUCAGGGCGGAGGUUCAGCCUCCCUAAAUGUAGAAAGCAUUACAGAUCGUCUUUUGUUCCGCCUGCUAUCGCUUAUCUUAACCAGCAGUAACCACUAAUUGUCCAUGAUUUCCCGCUGACAGUGUGUGACACCUCACCUCACCUCACCUCACCUCACCUUUAAUAAAUGGUUCAAACUGUAAAGGGUUUAAAUGAUAACAUCCGGUCUGUAGUCGUUAUUCAUUUAUCUUUGAGUGACUGCAGCAAACUCCAGGAACACAUCUUACAUCGUUCUAUCAGUAACACUCACAAGUACUAUGAAUCUAUCAGAGUAUUUGAUGUGGUUUCUCUUUGUGUUCAGGUGGAUCUCGGAGAGCUCGACUGUCUGCGGCUCUGCUGCUGUCGACGCUGCUCCUCAUCUUCACGGUGCUCUAACAGAUCCAGGAUCAGCUUCCAUCACUUCAUCUGAAGGUUUAAACCUUGUCAACAUCACCGUUCUCCAUCUUCAUCACAUCCUGUCUCAGUGAACUAUUACUGUCUGUGUAAUAUUUAACUAACUUAUGAUCGUGUGCCUUUUUAUUUUAUUUUGCAACAUGUGAUUGACGUGUUUGUACUGAUGAAGCAGAUGCAUGAUGAUCGUCAGCUGUUGGUGUCGGCUUUGUGCAGAUUUAUAGAUAAAUUCUAAGACUGACGGUGUUUAAGUAAAAGAUGUGAAGACUUGUUCCACCACUGAAAACAGUUUGGACACACUGACACAGAGCUUUCAUCACAUGACUACAAUGAUGAUGUCCGAAGAUUCCAGCACCAUCGUUGUUCCAGGAAGCAUUCUGUUGGAUUUAUGUAGAAUUACAUAGAAUAUUUAUGUAAACAUGAUGAGUGAAGCCAAUUAAAAAUAUUAUUCUGUCCUGUUUCUUCUUGUGUUUUCUAUCAUGUCCACGGAGACGAGGAAGAUUAGCCUAUUAGUGAACACACCAAAGGGAGAUUACUGUAGUGCACGUUACUACUAGAGAUGAUACACCGUCUCAUGGUGGUCACUUCCUGUGAACCAGCAGGUUUUUACAACGUUACAGAACGGAGCAUUGACAGUAGCAGCCUGUUUAAUUCGUCUUGGCGCAAAUCUUUGGUCUGAACUGGACUUCAGAAUGUCGUAAGCAAAAUUCGGAUUCUAACGUUUUUUCUGCUCCAAGCGGACGACAGCUCGUUAUUGACCUCAUGUUGUUAAUUUCUCCCUGAUUUCAGAUCCUGCUGGAACACGUCCGGCUCUUUUUAGAAGCUGUUAUUGGUGAUUUUUCACAGGAGAAAGUGUUGCUGUUCUCUGCUAUAUUUGAUCCCCGGCUACAAAGACGGCGCAGAGACGCUGAGAUAUGGCUGACCAGGAAACGCUGACGAACCAGAGCAGAAUGGGCUUUUUUGGGAGAAGGGUCUCAAAGAGACAGGCGUGUAACAGCUGUAUGUGUUCUGUGCUGCUGUCCCUUUUCCCUCAAGUGUAGAUCUGCCCAGGUGUGCUGCAUUACUUAAUGAGGUGCAUUGCACCCGGCAUGGAGGAGGUGCGUCUGCGGUUCGUCUCAGUCAGAGAGUAGAUAGAGGUGUUCCAGCACAGACAGGACGAGGAAAAUAAAGUUUUUUGUACCUUUAAAACACAUAAACAUGUUCUAGUAGAAACCCCAAAAUACAAGUAUAAACCUGAACAUGAGCAGAACAGGUCGUCUUUAAUUAAAUUAUAUUCAGUCCCAAAGUGUUUCUCUGACAGGAAGUUCUCACUGUGUCAAUGACCUGAAUUCAGAUUUUUAUGUGUCAUUAAAGUGUCAGAUCUAAUCGUCGUCACCAAACUGAUUUUAUUUAAACUUUAAGAAGAAACAAGAAACAAUGACGACAGCGGCUGUGACAUCAUCCAGUUGGCCACUGCAGGCAACAAGGUGAGGCACAACAGUGAUCAUGCACACACACUCUCACACACUCGCAUACAUAUACAUAGAAACUCACUCAUACAUACACACACACACACACACACACACACACACACACAUAUAUAUAAAACUUAAAUCAGCAUGACGGAUUAAAUAAAAACCUGUCGGAGGUGAACCGCUGCUUCAUAAAAGCAGAAACAGAAAAUUUAAAACCAUAAAAUUAAACUCAUCAGUCUGGAAAAAAAAAUAAA